AUGUAUUUCCAAUUAAUGUUUCGAAUUGUAACUUGUAUAAAUUCAACUCUACAGCCACCUACACCAGCCAUCAGCUUGGAAUCAUUGCCUGAUGAAAUCUUGACACAAAUUAUAGAUCACUUAAACCAACUUAAUGUAAUAGAUUUAAGUCUUGUUAACUCGAGAUUUCAUUCGUUAUGUAUGAAAAAGUUAUACAAGAGAAUCGUUUUUAUAAAUAAAUAUGCUAGGAAUCGGACCAUAAUUCAUAGAAAAAUGGAUACAUUUAUCCAUACAAAUUUCACAAUCACUAAUACUUAUCCAUCAAAAGACUUUAUGUCUAAAUUUCAAGAAAUAAUUUUUAAUGAACACCACCCUAACAUAAGGGAUAGCAGUAGUGUCUUGUCCGUUGACCUGCUUAAGAACUCUAGGCUGUCCGAAGACCAAUUAAAUCAAUUAGCAAUUCAAAGAUAUCAAACGUUACUGAUAUUUUUCAGAUGUCCAAGUUAUUAUAUGAAUAAUGUCAAAAGAUUGGAAAAUGAGAUUAAGUCCUUCCAGAAAGUGGAACUUUUCAUAUGGGAAGACUCAUUAAAGACCAUCAACAAAUUACAAGGAAUGUUUAAUGGUGUGAAGUCUUUUUCUUUGGAAUGUGCGGGCUUUGAUAAUCGGUUACCGGAUUCAGCGAUAUCUGUAUUGUGUUGUAAGAACAUCACUGAACUUCAAAUAUGUCAAGGGUAUCAAACAGAUAAUGUACUUUGUAAGUUUAUUAAAGCAAUGCCGAAUAUAAAAACACUUAUUGUAAAUGAUCCACUAGAAAAAAUUCAAGAUGAUACCUUAGAACAUCUUUCUAACAUACCACUUCAAAAGUUUUGUCUAGAUAUUGGAUAUGAAGCCGAAGAACGUCUUGAAGAUAAUAUUAAUUUAGUCAAAGCCUUAUUUAAAUAUUGUGGAUCGACUGUUGAACUUGUCAAAGUUGACUUAACUGAUGAAUAUUCCGCCAGAACUACAUUAUUUAGUAUUGAUUUAUUCUAUAUUGGCAAUAAUGAAAUUUGUAAAGGGGUUAAUAAAGAUAUUAAGAAGUUAGUAUACUGGAUAAAAAGAAAUCUACAUAAUUAUCCGAAACUACGAUAUUUCACAUUUUAUCAUUAUCUGUUCGUGAUUGACAGGGAGGUGCAACCAUGUGAAUGGAUUGAAAUUAGUGGUAAAGAGUUAUGA